AUGGACAAGUCGAAGGACGGGACAACCGUCACCACCGAAGACUCUGGGAACGCUACAGACGGGACCAAUACCCCGCCCGCACCGGCCAAGGGAUCCAGCGAGGGAAGGUGGCAAACAUGGUUGAACAUCUUGGCCGGAUGUGUUGUUUCGGAUACACCGCCUCCUUCGGGGUUUAUCAGGAGUCGCGGGACAGACUAUUAUACACGUGUGUACCUCAAGGACUCUUCAUCCUCCGUCAUCUCGUGGAUAGGAAGCAUCAAUGCGUUCAUCGUCAUCUCUUCCGGUAUCCUCACCGGGCCACUCUACGACCGCGGAUACUUCUACCAUCUGGUAUACGCCGGCUCUUUCCUCACCGCCGUCUCCCUAUUCUUGCUAUCUCUAGCGCACGAGGGUAGUUUCUAUCAGAUACUCCUCGCGCAAGGCAUCGGUGCCGGCCUCGGAGGCGGGCUGCUCUACGUUCCCUCCAUGUCUGCUGUAUCUGCUCGCUUUGGGCCCUCUGCGGGUCGCGCCCGUGCAACCGCACUCACCAUCGUCGCCGCGGGAUCCUCGGUGGGCGCGGUCGUCCACCCGGUCAUGCUCAACCGCACGCUCGACAAGUGGGGAUUCGAGGCCGCCGCCCGGGCCAACGCCGCGCUCAUCACCGGCAUCGUUCUUCUCGGGUGCCUCGUCGUGCGAGACAAGACGCAUGAAAAGCGCGGCAACCCAAGCUCAGACGAAAGCCUCUGGCGGAAGGCGGCCAAGUUUAUGCGGGACGGACCCUAUGUGUGGACGACGGCAGGUGCACCUUCGCUGAUCAUCGAGGCGCGCAGGAUGACGGUUUUCAUCAUCGCGUACUAUUAUCCCCUCUUCUACCUCCAGCUCGACGCGCUCCUGCACGGUCGCAGCGCCUCGUUCUCUUUCAACGUGCGCCACAAGCAUCAUCGUCAUCGCGAUCCUCUUUGGCUCUUUGGCGGUAGCUACAUCUCUCUCAUCGCGCCGCAAAUCGUGGAGCUGACGGACAACCCUGCUGAGAUCGGAGCACGCCUCGGCAUCGCGUUGUUCUUCUGUGGGCUUGGCACGCUCGUCGGCACCCCAUCGACGGGCGCUCCUCACACGCGACUUCAUCUGGUGGCGGCCCGCGGUUUGGAGCGGGUGCGUCGGGCUUGUCGGCACGGCGUGCUAUGCGAGCGCUACAACCUUAUUCAGUCGUUGCCGAAGAAGACGGCUUCAAGCCGGUCGGGCUGA